GGAACAGGCAAACAGCAAGCUCUGUCUGUCAGCGCUACAAAUCAGACAGAGCCAUCGCUUGUUCAUGAUUUGUGGUGGUCGUUGGCAGUUCAGGUCAUCCACUACUCCUGCGCGCGAUGAUCUACAAGCGUAGGAGCACUCUAUCCUCCACUUCGGAUAGUGGGAUUGGUUCAGACAAAGCAACGGGCGGAGAGAACAGCACGGGAAUGGAGCCAACUUCUGCAAGGGCAGCUUCCGCAGGAGUUCUAACCGCCGCCGCCGGCGGCACCAGCAAGGCUCCGCGGUUUGGCUACCCGGCGGGGGAAGUUAGCGAAGGCUUCGGCAGCAGCGGGCGGUUUCUUCGAAGAGACGCGAAUGGGGAAUCGAUCGCGUCUCCUUCGGCUGUGGACCGGAAGAAGCGAAGAGGAUCGCAUACGACGGCGAUAUCGACGAUAUAUUCUCGGUGGUUUCGGGCGAUCUGUUUAUCAGGCGGCGGCUUUCUGAUGAUGAUGACCGUUGCGAGGCGGGGGGGAUUCUCCUGGCCUGGAAGGAGAGGGGUCCAGGGCGCCGUCUCUAUCGCGGAUGCCCUCUCGAUCGGGGAUACGGAUGAGGUCGACCCGGACCUCCAAGAUCGUCGGUUACGGACGACAGUGAAAUACCUCGCAUUCCAGGCGGCGCCUCACACAGUCACGGACCUUUUGGAGCUCAAAUCAGACUUCUUGCUGGAGGAAGGCAAAGGCCAACUCGCAGACGUGACGGCGAUACUUAUUGCUUCUCCUUCGCUGGAGGCGCAAUUGGAGGCGUUGUUGGUCAGUGCCGUCCAGCCCUGUCAGGUGUGGGUGGCGAUGCCCGCGUUGGAGACAGCAGAAAACCUCGCGGUGACGAGCACCUAUCAGAAGAGCACCCGGUUCGGGAAACGCCUCCAUCUCGUGAAAUCCGACCUAUUCUCCGACGGCCCCCCCGCAAAGGUCGGGGAAGGAGGGGGCGGGCGUGGCGGCGGGGGAGAUGGAAGUUUUUUCGACGUGAAGACCGGGAUGUUUCAGCUGUCGAUGCAAGCCGAUACCACGUUCAUCUGGUUGAUGGAACCUGACGUGGUGCCUGGCUCGAGGUUCCUGUACCUUCUCAUGCACGUCUCCAUGGUUAAGGACAUGGCGGGAGUGUACAGCAGCGAGGGAGGCGUGAUGCCCGCCGCGCAAAGGCAACAUCGGAGCGAUACAAGCGCGUCCUUCGACGGAGGGGCGACGACCCCGUUCGCCCUGUGGGAUACCCCCACCUCCUCCGCACGGCAUCAAGAACAAGAACAUCGACACCUGUCCGAUGCCGCCGACGCGGUUCCUUCGGGAGAUGAAGCAGCAGCGGGGGCCCCGCGGAUACCAGUCGACGGCGACGAGGGCGGGGGGGUGGCCUUGGGUUUAGGGGGAGCGGCGGGGUUGGGCACGGCUGUGUCGGUUUUGUCUCCCGCGGACGUGCUGUUUUCGCAGUGGUUCCUUCACAAGGACCUCGUAAGGCUCCUCUUCCGAGAGAAGUGGGCGGGGGUGGCGUCCGGGAACGGGGGCAAGGGCGGGCCCGCGGCGCUCGCCCUCUCGUACAGCCUGAGGCGGUACGCCGGCGUCCCAAGCUACGUGCUACCCUCUGACCCUGCCCUCCCCGAGUACAGCGGGAACAUGUCAGCCGGGCUGCCCCCCGGCAAGCUUGACGUCCAGGGUAUCAGCAAAGCAGCAGAAGCAGCCGCAAUAGCAGCGGGCUUCGCUCGCCGAAAGAAAAUGUUCCGACGGCGGGCCAGACUCGGCGCUGUUGUUGCCUCUGCCCCCGAUCAAUCGAGGCGAAGACUAGGCAGCCUCGCGUCGCCAUCGGACCGAAACUCGAGAUCGUUACAGGCGGCCAGCGGCGGCCGCGGCGAUGCUUCCGCUAGGGAAGACACCGACAGUUCGCCCUCCUCGCUUGUGCGGCGGCUGGACGAACCGCAGCUGCGGGCGCAGUUCCGAGACCUCUCGGCGAGGGGGGGUCAGUUCUUCCGAACCGCCGACCACUCCCCCGAGAACCUGGUGCUCAUCGUGGUGGACGGCCGGGACCAGGCGGAGUUGCUUGGGCCUCUCUACCGGGAGAUCGUGGAGGGGGGCGGGGCUGCCGCUUCGGGAGGUGCGGAGGUGUUUGUCGUUUUGAUAACGCAUGGCCCCGACAAUGUCGAAGAUGAGACAUCCUCACAGCAACAGCAGCAGGAGGCUCUUCGAGCCCCCCCUGUGCCGGCGACAGCUCGCCGCGACUGCAGAGAGGUAGCCGAGGCAUUAGGUGUGUCCCCGCCGAAGGCAGCAGCAGGCCGCGGCGGCAGCAACGACAACGCCGGUCGAAGCAAGACGGGCGGGGGUAACAGUGACCUGAACCACCCAAUACAGCGACCCAGGGGGCUCGGCGAAGUGUGGGACAAGCUUGCCAGGUGGCUGGGUGGCAAGGCGCAAGGGUCGGACGAGAUGAAAAGCCACCACUUCCUGACCCCCGAGGAGUUCUGCCUCGGACACGCCUUCGGGGUUUUCCACGUGCGGGUAGGACAAGACUACAGGCAGGCGGCAGGAAGACCACUCGACCCGUUCUUGGAAGUCUACCACGGGCUUUCGGAGGUGCUCCAGCUGACUGCGCCCAAAAUCGUCGCCUACAUCGACGCGCCCCAUGAGCAUGAAGUACCUCCAAGCGGCGAGAAGCAGAAGAAGGGCAGACCCACCGCGCUGGACGCGAUGUUAGCGGCUCCGUCGGACUUUGCUCCGGAGGAGACGGUGGUGAGGGCCGUGGAGGCGGCGGUGAGGAGCGCAGGGGGGGCAGGGUCUACCCCCCGUCCGAUCGGGAUGCCGUUGCCGGGCGGUGCCGCCGCUGGAGCGGAGGCCGCGAAGGUGCUAGCGUAUCUCCCCGGGGGGUCCCUGGAGCGAUGGAAGAAGCCGGUCAUCACCCUCGUUCUUGUUCAUUCCAUCCGAGAGCCCCCCACCAUGCUGUCGCGGUCUCUCCGGGCGCUCUCUGAGGCCUACUACGUGGGGGACAGCGUGGAGUUGCGGCUAGUGCUAGACCCCAGGGCUGUGGGGGACCCCAUGAUCGACCAGAUUGUGAGGGAGUUCGAAUGGAAGUGCGGAAACUUGGACGUGACCUACUCCUCGGAAACUUUCGGCACCAUCAACGAAGGCGGCGGCGGCGGGGACUCCGAGCUUCCCGCCGGACUCGCUGCUCUAGAGGCGUUUGGCGACCCCGGGAAACACAGCCACAUCAUCCCCAUGUUCUCCGGAGCCCGUCCGGACCCCAACUUCUAUGCCUGGCUCAAGGUCGCCCUCAUGAACGAAGGCUACGCCCCCCGUCCGGUCCCGGGCCUGCCGCUGGAGUCCUGGCCUCUCCAGCGCUCCCUGGGGCUUGGCGACAAUGAAAACAAUCCUCCUCUGGGGAAAGGAGACCUCAUGCGAAGCAGAACUCCCGCCGACGUCAUGCAAAUGUGGGGAAAAUUCCUAGCGCUGUCCGUGGACGUCCCGCAGGGCCCGUGCCUGGGCGACGAUCCUGGGGCCCCCGCGGGUUGCUCGCGGAUGUGGAUGUACGGGAGCGAGGCCUGGGGCGCGCUUAGGGAGCGCUGUCGGGCUGGCUUAGCUGUCGCUGGUGCUGGGGGGGCGGGGGGGGAGCGGGGACGGCCAGGGAAGUUGGAGCCGCUAGAGGUAGCGUGUGCGGUGGGGGACGUGGCGAAAAGGGGGGACGACUGGGGGCUGGAGGCUGUGCACGUUUGUGGGGCAGGGCCGCGGGGAGAUGAGGAGUGGCAGCGUGCGCGUGUUUGGGAGGUGUACCCUCCCCAGGGAGGGGGUUAGCACACGCGUGGUUGAGGGCCUCCGCUUUGUCUUUGUUGUCGCUUGUUAUUGCGUGAAGUUGUGAGAGAAGCUUUGUCGUUGAAUCAGAUUAUGGUCUGUGAGUUUUGCAGUACAUGUAGCCCGUGGAUGGGUGGCGGGAGGAUGUGCCUACGUUGUCUCUGCAAGAAGCGACUGGUCAGGACAAGUGAUACGUGGUACACACCGUAUAUUUCCCGCCGCUGACAGCAAGCAGCACGUUUGACAACACGCAUUUCACAACACAGCGAAAGUGUCCCGCACGGGGCGUUUUUCCACGUCUGAGAUGAUGGCGUCACGCGAUUUGCUCUCGUCUCGGUUUUGGCUGUUUUUUAUAUGUGCUUGCCCUGGUUGAUCCUCGCCUGUGGUCUUACAGAAAACCUGAUACCAACAACUACCGGCAUCUCGGCUCGUUCCGCCGGUUACCAGCCAGUAGCGAUGGAGAGGGAGAGGGAAAACGGCUACACACACCAGUGAGUGGUAUGCGUGCUGUCCCUCCUCGGUGUAGUGUUGGUUUGAUUGCGGUGGCACGGCUGGGUGUAAAGUAGUGCACUGCGGAUUCUCUGUUGAGUAGAGAGACGGGCAGGUCGGUACAGGCGGAGGCGAUGCAAGUGCCCCCCCGCACGAAUUCGUUGCUCAGUGGGGACAUUGCAUGGUUCCGUUUGCGCAUUGGCGCACUCUUGUGGGGGGAGCAUAUAUUAUUCGUGCUUGGUUGAUUUCGUCUCUGUUACGGUAGGAGGUUGCGUUCGCUUCCCAUGUUGUAGUAUUGGAUUUAGUUUGUUUUCGGUUUCGGCUUUCAAAGGACCUCUAAUGUGUAUUUCUUGUGUGUAACUUGGUGGACAUGUGGGGGUGUAAACGCAUCGCGUUGGACGUGAGUAAAAUGUCGCGACCACAGCAAUAAUGAAUCGAUGUGGGGGCUCGACUCGAUGUUGUUUUCACCCCUGUCAAGUUCCUUUUCUGACACGGGGGGAUGCUUUUGACUCGAAUCGUGUGUGCUGUAACGCGUUCACUACUGCUACAGCAGCUGUGUGUCUUGUGGUGCGUUGCAGGUGCUGGGGUACUCACUCUGCUACGCUUGUAGAUGCGCGGCGCCCCUCUUGCUGUACAUUGCUGGAGUGCAUGCUUGGGGUCGAUAUUCGUGGUGUUUGUCCCGUGUUUUUUGCUCAGGCCAUAUGCAAGAAAAGGGUACAGUAGCCAUAUGCAGAAAAGGGUACAAUAGUCUCAGCUAUUCUUGGGAGUAUGUUUGUGUGUUGCUUGUUGCACCACCGCGGAAGAGCCUGGUACGCUUUGGCCAUACAGCGGAGGUUCGUUGUUCGCUGUCCAAUCUCGUCGAGCUCUGUCGCUCUUGUUCGGAGUUGUCGAAAGGAGGAUGUAUCACCAGAGUUACUCCCCUUCCAUCCCCUCGUCUGUCAGGCUACGUUGGCCUUGUAUUGUAUCUCGUGAGUUAGGAUAUUAGAGCAUUCUUGAGAGAUUUUUGUCUUGUGGCUCGGAGUCCGUCGUACUUUCCAUUUACCUUUUGUCGUAUGAUACCAUGGUAUGUUUAUUCCACACCGUGUCGUGGCCAAGUAUGCAUGUAUUGUGUAUGUGUGUGAUGCUGCUGUCUUCAAUUGAUGAAGUUCAUGCUACGGGAUUCGAAAACGACGCUGUGUAGAUGCGGUCAGUUCCUUACAGCCAACACAAUGAGCGUCCCGUGUUCUUGAUUCCAUAGAGAAUGGCCUGACCAGCCGCAAGUGCCCAACUCGGGUCGAUAAUCAAUCAAUCCGCUCGUAGGGUAUGGACAGUUGC